ACCUUAAGCCACUUCACCCUUAAACCACAGCUCCACACCACCUUGUCACCGGUGCUUUGGGGUUUAAGAGAAUAUAUAUACACAUCUGCUCAACCAGCACCAGAAAAAAAUAAAUUAAUAAAAAAUAAUAAUAAUAAUCAGGACAUUAGGAUUAAAAGUAAUAACAUGGGAAAGGAAAAUUUCUGCUUUUUGACCAUUUGGAUAACUUUGGGAAACAUCUUUGCAACUUUUUCUUCAGAGGCUGAACCUACCAACACAACUGUUUUCGCAAAUACCACAGUCACCUCAACUCCUCUGCCAACCACCACUGAAUGGCUGACAGACUUCUCUGACAUCGUGUCCAAGUUCUCCCUGCGCACCGCAGAGCUGCCAGAUGAUGACAUGUGCUACAUUGUGCCCGGCAGGCCCGAAACCAUCAAAGAGUGUGAAUUCAACAGAGAAACACAGACCUUCAUUGUGAUACACGGCUGGACGGUGACAGGAAUGUUUGAGAGCUGGGUGCCGAAGCUGGUGUCGGCUCUGUACGAGCGCGAGCCCACCGCCAACGUGAUCGUGGUGGACUGGUUGACCCGCGCCAACCAACACUACCCCACCUCGGCAGCCUACACCAAGCUCGUGGGCCGAGACGUGGCCAAGUUUGUCUCCUGGCUGCAGAAAGAGCUGCAGCUGCCCUGGGACAGGAUCCAUUUGCUGGGCUACAGUCUGGGGGCUCAUGUGGCUGGGAUUGCAGGAGACCUCACCGACCGAAAAAUCAGCAGGAUCACAGGUCUGGAUCCCGCUGGUCCCACCUUUGAGCACGCAGAUGAGCAGAGCACUCUGUCCCGAGGCGAUGCUCAGUUUGUGGACGUCCUGCACACAAACACCAGGGGCUCUCCGGACCGCAGCAUCGGCAUUCAAAGACCCGUGGGACACAUCGACAUCUACCCCAACGGAGGCACCUUCCAGCCUGGCUGCGACAUCCAGAACACCUUGAUGGGGAUUGCCUCAGCGGGAAUCAAGGGCCUCCAAAACAUGGACCAGCUCAUCAAAUGUUCCCACGAGCGCUCCAUCCACCUGUUCAUCGACUCCCUGCUCAACUACCAGCAGCAGAGCAUGGCCUACCGCUGCAACUCCAAAGACACCUUCAACAAGGGGAUGUGCCUCAGCUGCAGGAAGAACCGCUGCAACAAGCUCGGCUACAACAUCAACAAGGUCCGCACGGCCCGUAGCACCACGAUGUACCUCAAGACUCGUGAAAUGAUGCCCUACAAAGUUUUCCACUACCAAGUGAAGGCACACUUCUUCAGCAUGGACAAAAUGAGCUUCAGCGAGCAGCCGAUGAAGAUUUCACUGUAUGGAACCCAUGGAGAGAAGGAGGACAUUUCUUUUGUUCUACCGGCCCUGCAGGACAACACUACCUUUUCCUUCCUCAUCACCACUGACGUGGACAUCGGUGACCUGAUGAUCGUCAAGCUACGCUGGGAAAAAGACGCCAUCAUCAGCUGGUCCAACUGGUGGGGCAGCAACAAGUUUCACCUCCGUAAGCUGCGCAUCAAGUGCGGGGAGACGCAGUCCAAGGUGAUUUUUAACGCAAAGGACGGAGAGUUCGCCUUCCUUGUGCAGGGAGGAGAAGACGCAGUUUUUGUCAAGUCAAAAGAAGACAACCAGAGCCGCAAAGAGAGAAGGAUGCACAGGCGCAAAACACAGGGUAGCCUUUUCGAGCAGAACAACGCUUGAAGCAAACUUGAAGAUUUCCCAUCAUGCACAUCAUCCAUCUGCACCAGUGAUGGACGACACACAUAAACAUGGAAAAUACCAGGACACUUUGUAAAUGUUCCUUUCCUUUUUCUUCUUCUUUACCUCCCAGUGAAACCAACACGACCUCAUUCACAAUGAUAGAAACCAGCCGACUCAUGACUUCGCAUCUCUCUUUGCAAAUUCUGCUGACUACUGGUUGCUUCCUUAUGAUGUGCUCACAUUUUUACAAACAAAAAACAAAAUAAAUUUAUCUUAUUAGUGGCUUUUGCUGCUUUAUAAUCAUUGUUUAUGCUUGUUUAUCCUGUAUGUACUGUUUUUAUUUUGUUACACCCUUAAAAUGAUGUGUUUCCUGUGCCAAUGUGAACUUGAAUUAUUGGUAAAGUGUUAAUGAUUCAUAGUGAUAGGCAGAAUUAUAGCACAUCUUUGUGUUUGCUUCUGUUUUCCAAGCGUUUGUUUUUUUUUUCAAACCACUACGUUGCCAUCAAUCGACAAGGACCAAAGAAUCAUUUUCUAUCUAUUGAACAGAGAAUCACAGCGUUCUUUGUCCACACUGUCAUCCUUAUUUGUUCUUUUAAUAUGAGCUACAUGUUAACACCUUAUUCUCAUCGUUCAUUCUUUACUCAAGCCCAGUUUUGUGUCAUGGGUCACUUUAAAAUACUAUUUUGAUGUAAAGAUGUCGACUGCACUCUAAUUUGGAUUUGCAUUCUUUCAUUUUUUUUCUUAUUUUCACAAAAAUAUUUUCAGAUGCUUUAAAAAUCAUCCAGAAAUGUUACAGAAGAUUUGUCUCACUUGAAGAAGGUUAUGUCAGUAAUUAACCUUAGCCCACUAAAAGCCCUUAAAAACAGAAAUCUGUCAUGGACUGCCAUCAGUAAUGUUCACAAUACAUCUCAAGAAUACUUCGUACUGUAUUUAUUGAUUGUACAUUUAUACAUUUGUAUAUAAAGCUGUAAUAUAUGUUGGCAGGCUUC